GCAUGUCGACAACUUUGUAACAGCUAUAGCCCGUGAUGAGAAGGACAAAACAAAGUGGCGCAAGCUAGAGGCGCUGCGGCUGACAAGCGACGAGUGGGAGCGUGCGGAUCUGUUCACGCAGCUGCUCGCACAUGCUGAUGAACGCCAGCAUGCGUUUUCAUCUGAAACUCACCCGUGCCUGCAGUAUGCCAUUCCAGCUCUCGAAGGCUUGUACAAGGCAUGGUCCACACGUGCCGCAAAGGAUCGCUACUCUCACUUCUCCAAUGCACUGCAUGCGGGUGCAGACAAGAUUGCGGAGUACUACGACAAGAUGGGUGACUCGAAGGCUUACAUCAUCUCAAUGUAUCUCGCACCUGACGCCAAAGGUUCUCAUUUCGAGAAGCAUUGGGAUGUUGGCCUUCAGAAGGAGGCCGAAGCAUUAAUGGAACAAGUCUUUAGUGAACGCUACACGAAGCUUAACGCUGCUUCAAUGCAGUCAGCUGCAACGGCCACAUCUUCCAAGCCCGGCGCCUCUCUCAAGCCGCAGACGAGCAAGCGCGUUCUCUCGGAUGACGAGUCAGAUGACGAUAAGACGCAGCUAGGUUCGGACAGUACAAGUGCAAGCAAGCCAUGGUAUGCAGAGUAUUGUCGUUAUCUUCAGACGAGAGAAGAUAUCCCUCCGGGCGUCUCUCAUGUGCAGUGGUGGGGGCGGAACGCAUACCGGUAUCCUACGUGGGCUUCGCUUGCGUUGGACUACCUUCCUAUAAUGGCAAUGUCGGUCUCAAGUGAACGUGCCUUCUCGCAGGGUGGCAUAACUAUCAGCAAACGCCGUAACCGUCUCAAGGGUGAUAUUGUCGAGGGCUUGCAAUGCCUCAAGUGCGCCAUCCAGCGUGACCUGCUGUUCAAAGAACAUGGCCCUUGUUCGGCGCAAGAAGAUGAGUCACUUUUGGAUGCGGCAGAUGACAGUGUUGACACUACUACCAAUGAUGGUGAGCUGGUAGAGGGUGACGAGUCGAAGGAAGGUGGUGAGCACUCAUGGGAUGAGAUAUUGGAGGACGACGACAACAUCUAUGAGGAUUUAUCUACUGAGUCACCUGUCACCACCACCGCCAGUACCCAGUAA